AUGUCCACACCCGGGCAGGUGCUGGAUGUGAGAUUUGAUACCGUCCGCAAGGAGACCAUCGAGCAGCUGCGCACCCUGAACCGGGUCAUCUUCCCGCUGAACUACUCGGACAGGGUGUACGCCGACAUCCUCGCCUGCGGCCCCGUCUCCCAGCUGGCCUUUGACAGGGAUGGCGAGCUGGUGGGGGCCAUCGCCUGCCGCCUGGAGAACACCCCAGAGGGCCCGGUGCUGUACAUCCUGACACUGGGGGUCCUGGCUCCAUAUCGGCGUCUGGGCGUGGGUGCUCGCCUGCUCGGCAAUGUGCUGGGCAUCGUGACUCGUGACCUGCCGGAGGUGGUGGCCGCCGUGCUGCACGUGCAGGUGGGCAACGGCGCCGCGCUGGACCUCUACCGGCGCGCGGGUUUCAGCGUGGGGCCUGUGGUUCCGGGGUACUACCCCCGUCUCAACCCCCCCGACGCCGUGCUGCUCCGCAAGCAGCUCCGUGACUGA